AUGCCCCUUCCCGCACCCCAGGCCCACCAGGCCAACGGGGUCUCGUCGGAGUACAUAGAUAUCGAGGCAGACUUGAGCGAUCGCGAUUCGAAUGCGAAUGCGCACGCGCGCACAGACCGGGACCCCCCGUCCACGUCCCCGCCCACCCCCGCGCUAGCACCCGCGCGCACCCGACGAUCCAUCGCCUCCGCCGCCCCGCGCGCAGGCUCUUCCCCCAACCAUGACCACGACCACGACGCCGAGCUCCCGAUCGCGAGUUCCCAGCGCCUCGUCGUGACUUCGCAGCUCCCCGCGUUCUGGCGCACGAAAUGGGGCUAUGUGCUUGGUGUCGUCGCGCUUCUUGCUGUUGUGGGCGGGAUUGUGGGCGGGGUGCUGGGGAAUAAGAGUAAUGAUGAGCCGGCGAGGAAUCCGGGGAGUGUGCAUACGACUAUGUCUUCGUCGUCGUCGGGUGUGAGCUCAGGGAUGAUGCCAGCGCAGUCGACGACGGAUGUGAUGGAGAACCCUGAGAUCCCGCAUACGGUCGUUAUGGCCGCUGUGACUGCGAAUCCGAUCAAGGGCCUGAACGCCGUUGUGACGGCGACGACGGUGCCGCUGGCAUCGUCCAUACCCAAUCCCCCGGGUCGGAAUCUGUUGCGGUAUGCGUAUGCGGCGCCGCUUGUGUCGUAG